CGAUCGACCGAGCUGUCGAGCAGAGGCCACUUCGACCCGGAAGGAACAAAGACGCGGCUGCCAGCCGGGCCCGUGUGCGGCGGUUGUUUUGAUCCUAGCUACAGACUGAAGGAAGCAUGUUUCAUGGAAUCCCAGCAACCCCUGGGAUGGGAGCCCCAGGAAACAAGCCGGAACUGUACGAGGCAAUGAAGCUGUACAAGAAUGCCCGGGAGCGAGAAAAAUACGACAACAUGGCUGAGCUGUUUGCUGUGGUGAAGACGAUGCAAGCUCUGGAGAAAGCCUACAUCAAGGACUGUGUCACCCCCAAUGAGUACACUGCAGCCUGUUCCCGCCUCCUAGUGCAAUACAAGGCUGCAUUCAAGCAGGUACAAGGCCUGGAGAUCAACUCAAUCGAUGACUUUUGCCGGAAGUUUCGGCUCGAUUGUCCGCUGGCCAUGGAGAGGAUCAAGGAAGAUCGCCCGAUCACCAUCAAGGACGACAAAGGCAACCUCAACCGCUGCAUCGCGGACAUUGUAUCGCUCUUCAUCACAGUGAUGGACAAGCUGCGCUUAGAAAUCCGGGCCAUGGAUGAGAUCCAGCCUGACCUCCGGGAGCUGAUGGAGACCAUGAACCGCAUGAACCACUUGCCCCCAGACUUUGAGGGACGGCAGAAAGUGAACCAGUGGCUGCAGACCCUGAGCGGGAUGUCAGCUUCCGAUGAACUGGAUGAUUCUCAAGUCCGGCAGAUGCUCUUUGAUUUGGAGUCCGCCUACAAUGCCUUCAACCGCUUUCUGCACUCCUGAGGAUGGUGCUGGGCCUGGCCUCAGACGCCGCCCCCCCCCCGCCCCCCCCAUUCAGUGUAAACAACGCAGCAGGC